AAUUCUAAUGCACAUUCUUCUCAAAAAGAGCAAAUCACUUGAGAGUGGAUAAGUGUGAGGGAGAUGGACGCCAAGAGUUCAUCAGCUGCGCUCUUCUUCUUCAUUAAUCUUCUAUUGUUUGCCCUAGCAAAUGGGUGCAACACUUGUGUUCAGCCAAAGCCUAUCCCAAACCCUAAACCAAAUCCCACCGGAAAAAGCUGCCCGAGAGAUGCCCUAAAGCUGGGUGUAUGUGCUAAGUUGCUUAACGGCGCAGUUGGUACUGUGGUCGGAAACCCACCAGACACCCCUUGUUGCUCUAUACUUCAAGGGCUUGUUGAUCUAGAAGCAGCCGUGUGCCUUUGCACUGCAAUCAAAGCUAACAUUCUUGGCAUUAACAUUAACAUCCCAAUCUCCCUGAGCUUGCUUAUCAACACUUGUGGGAAGCAACUCCCCUCUGACUUCAUUUGUGGCUAAGCAUAUCUAUGUUUCUUGAUAUUUGUCUCUUUGGUACUAAUUGAAUUGCUUUAGUUUGGAUGAUUUGUGUGUUUUGCUUUCCAAAUUUGUGUGCUAUGUUCUGUAACCAUUUGAAUGUUCAAUAAUCUUAAACUGAGAUUACGUUUUCUCCUAA